AUGGCAACCACUACUCUGGAGGAAGACGCUGUAAUUCCUGCUGCUCCUUGUUAUUGGCUCGCGGAGCUAAAGCAUUUCGACGAAACGAAAGCUGGAGUCAAAGGGCUGGCCGAUGCCGGAAUCACUGAGCUCCCUCGCAUCUUCCACACGCCGCCGCACCUUCUCGACUACAGGCAAUCCACGACUUCUUCAGCCGAUGAUCCAAACUUCAUUUUACCAAUCAUAGACCUGACAGGAGCCAACGAUGACCCCGAAAGGCGAAAAAAGAUUAUCGAGCAAGUUAGGGAUGCAUGUGGGAAGUGGGGAUUCUUCCAACUGGUGAAUCAUGGAAUCCCGGAAGAGAGUGUACUGGAAGAGAUGAAAGCAGGGGUUGGCAGGUUCUAUGAGCAGGACGUUGAGCUGAAGAAGCCAUUCUACCACCGCGACCUGUCCAGCAAAAUUGUUUACAACAGCAACUUUGACUUGUAUACCGCACCAGCUGCUAAUUGGAGGGAUAAUAUCAUGUAUCAAAUGUCCCCUGACCCUCCCCUCCCUGAAGAACUGCCCUCCAGCUGCAGAAAUCAUUUGAAAGAGCUGGAUUGUGCAGCAGGAUUGCACGUCGUGUGCCAUUACUAUCCAGCUUGUCCGCAGCCUGAACUGACCUUGGGUGCGACCAAGCAUCAAGACGAUAGCUUCAUUACGGUGCUGCUACAAGACCAUGUUGGAGGUCUUCAAGUUCUUCAUCAGAAUCAAUGGGUUGAUGUGCCACCUCUACCUGGAGCUCUGCUGAUAUCGAAUGACAAGUUCGUAAGCGUGGAGCAUAGGGUGAUUAGUAAGAGCAUUAGACCGAGAGUUUCUGUAGCAUCCUUUUUCACCACUGGGUUUUCGUCGAAUCCUUAG